AUAAUUUAUGGUUAGAUCAUUAGUCCUCCUCUCCUUGUUAAUAGUCAUCUAUACAGCUGAAAUUAAAAUUAACGGAUGCACUUGUGAUGAAGUGUUAAAUUAGAAAGAGUGUGAUGACUAUCAUCCAGGAGAUAUGAAUUGUGAUUGGAAUGAAUAAAAAAAUGUUUGUGAAGCAGAUGAAAGAAUUAGUUGUUCAAUGAUAGAAGGAUCAGAGUCAUGUAGAGUCUAGUCCACUUGUGGUUGGGUUUCAGGUAAAUGUGUUGACUUCAAAUAAUGUUCUGAUUACAAAGAGACUGUGGAUUAAAAAUGCAACAAUAUAAACUUCAAAUGCAUUUUAUUGGAAGAUGAUAAAUGUGGAACAGAGAAACCUCUGGAAUGUGAGUCGUUUGCUGUUGAGAAUUGCAAAUACACUUCCAACAAUAUCUGUGUUUUAUCUGGCACUCCUGCUGCCUGUGUCACCAUGAAAACAUGUAGUGAUGGUAGUUAUAAUUCCGAUUAAUGCAAAAAAAACAUGAAGUGCUUUUGGGACACUGAUAAAUGCAGAGAUAAAAAAUGCUCAGACAUCCAAGCAAAGGAUUCUUGCAAAUUUAUCUUUUCACCUUUUUCACCAUAUGCAACAUUAUGCCAUUGGUCAGCAGAUAAUAAAUGCAUUGAUGGAGAAGAUGAACAUUACACAGCCGAAACUUGUUUCUAACAAAGUGCUUUCUCAAAGGUUUGGAAAGAUGGUAAAUGCAGAUCUUGUACCGAUUCUCCAGCUCCAGGCUAUAGCAAUGUUUUAUCAGUAUUCAUGAUUCUAUUUGCAAUAAUAGUGAUGUGAUAUCAUUAAUCAAAUAUAUAUAUGUGAUAAAUAAUGUUUGUCAUUUUAAUAAAU